GGCAACCCUAUCUGUCAGUGGCACGUUGAAAUGUGGCUUAUUAGCCAGAAUUGACUUCAGUAUCGCGAUGCUGUUGUCAAAAGAUACACAACACAUGCCGAGUGUUAUUUAAACUCAAAACUAUCGAAAAUGCCGUCGUGUGUCAUGAGAUAUUGCACAAAUUAUACAAGCAAAACUUGUAAACGUCAAGGCAUAACAUAUCAUUCAUUUCCAACAAAUGAACUUAAGUGCCACCAGUGGGUUAAAAUUGUACGCAAACAGAGGAAGGAAAAGUUCUGGAAACCAAAUAAAUCGAGCAAAAUAUGCUCCGUUCAUUUUAAAGACGAAGACAAGUACACAUCUGACAAGGGAAACAUAUAUUUAAAAAAUACUGCGGUUCCUGAUUUGGAUUUACCUAAUGCACAAUCAAUAUCUGGCAGACCUAACAGCCUUACUCAAGAAAAUUCGUCUGAUUUAGAGUCAUUCUUCGAUACCCCUCAAAAAGCUGCACGAAUUGAAAAUGAUACCGACAAUUUUGUUCAAUUUAAACUCGUUGGAGGAACAUUGAGGAUAAAACCGAAUAUAAAUCCUCAUAAAUUCGACUGUCAAAAGCCUUAUGAAGAAUGUAAUCGAAUGGAACGUGGACAACUUUUAAACAAAGAGACCCAUGAAAAUACAUACAUUAAAAAAUCACCCAGUGACGAUGAAUUGGGAGGAGAUAAAGAUGAAUCAGUGUCAGAACCUAUUACAAUAAGUAAUCCUGGAGCAGCUACAAAUACCCAUAGUGUAUACAUAAAAAGAUCACCCAGUGACGAUGAAAUGGAGGAAGACAACAAUGAAUCAAAAUCAACAAAGAAGAUAUCAAUUACGGAACCGGUUGAUGAUGGAAAUCUAUCAGAUUCUGAUUUAAGUUGUUCUGAUGUAGAUGAAGCAUUAGAAUCGAUAAAAGUAUCAAUGAUGCGUAAAGAGUUAAAAAAGAGGUUGGAACUGCUCAAAAAAACUCAAAAUAAAGUCAGAGCACUUCAUAAAAGAAAUCAAAGGCUUUCAAAAAAAGUUGCUUCCCUUAAGACUAUUGUGAAUACAUAUAAAGAGGGAAAAUGUUGUUGUCAUGCUAAAAUAAAUGAUGACAGUGACAGUGACAGCAAGUGAAAAAAUGAUUAGGUAAGUGCUGAUUUACACAGGGUCAGUAACUGACUACAAAUUCGAGGCAAAUCAGUGCUGACCCGAAAAAAACCCUUUGUAAACAGAUUUGAAGUCAGUACAGAGGCUUGAACUCAGCGCUGAGUUGAAUAUUCGGACACGAAUAUUUUAAAGUCAGUUGGCGCCCCCCGCCACCCGCGCACCCCCGCGUCAUCCAAAUAAACCCCGUGUAAACAGACAAGUCAGUGCGUGGUUAGUCACUGCCGCUGCGUUGUAGAGUGACCACGUUUUUUUUGCUGACGAUAAAAAUGACCCGUAAGCGAAGACGAAAUCUUAAAAUUGGUGCAAUUAUAUGGCAAAAACGAGUGCCUUUGGGAUAUUAAAUCCCAAAAUCCAUUUUCUUACCCAUUGUCGUUUAUUUUUAGUUAUCUCAUUUUCUACAAUUUUUAUUAACUCAUUCAACAGCAAAAUUGAUAAAUUUUUAAUUAAAAAAAAAAAAAAAAUUAAAUCGUCGUUUCAGUUGUUUUCGUGAAUUCAUUUUUCCCACUGACUUCACAAACGUGUGGUCACCGUGAGAAACGCACCACUACUACUUACUUCAUGUAAACAGUUAAAGUCAGUCGCGGCGCCGAAAUUGGCGCCGCGACUGACUUGUCUACUGACCCUGAGUAAAUCAGCACUAAUAAAAUAUAAUAAUGCAAUGCUUAAUAUCUUGUUUAAUUAAUGUGGAAAUUGGCGCCAUUUGAAGCACCACAUUAAAGAAAAAAAAAGAGCGCAUGUGCCGAGCACACAUAUCAGAUAUUAAACUUCUUUGGCAAGAUUAGAAGGUACCAAAAUCGUCACCUUACUCCACAACGUAACGUUAUUGCCAUGACGCGACCUUAAUAAGAGCCUAAAGAAGUUUCACUUCUAAACAUUUUUCAUUCAUCUUUGACCUGUUUAUUUUAAAAGACUUUAUCGUUAAGUUCGUAGUUGAAAAAUAUGUUUAUAUAGAUUUUAGCACGUACUAGCUGAUACAAUACUGUAUGAACUGGGGGGUUACCAUGAUGUCUUUUAUCAGCAUUAUUUCCAGUGAGGGAAAGAGAUGGCACUAGACAACUAGACGAUAUAGCUGUUAUUAUUGGCGAAUUAAAUCAAAAGUAUGCCAAUUAUUGACGAAUUGUGUGGACUAUUUUAUUAAUUAAAUCAUGUGACCUUGUAUCACCACAAAUCUGACAAAUAAAUAAUUUGAAUUUGAAUUUGAAUUUUAUUUUCCACACUGGAAUGAAUACUUCUUUAAGACGUCAUGGUAACCCCGCCACCUGCGGAUGUCAAUCCACUUUAAUUUUUAUAAUAAAUACUAUUGAGUUCACUAA